ACCAUGCAGACUGCAAAUCGCUGUUUUCUCUGAUUUGUCAGAAAAGGAGGAGAUGUGCCUUCAGUGCAGAUAACAAAAAAUGACACAUCUGUAAUCAGACAUAAAAGAGGAGAAAAAGCAAGACAACCGUUGUCAGUUGAGAGAGAGAGAGAGAGAGAGAGAGGAAGUAAAUAAUUAAAUAAAUGCUCAUGAGUAGUGAGAAAGAGGGAGGGAUAGAGAGAGGAGGGGAUGUAGCAGUGUGUGUUCUUGCCAGCUAACCACAUACACACAGACACACUCACACACUUAGCCUGGAUAAUGUGCUGAAAGAGGUGGAGAAAAAGGAAGAAGGCGAACCGAAUCCAUCUAUCGCCGUGGGGCCAGAAGAUGGAGGAAACUCUACCGAGUCAACGGGCACCUCUUCCAGGCCAAGCGCUUUAACAGGAAAGCCUCCUGUGGCCACUGCAGUGAAAGGAUAUGGGGCCUGGGCAGGCAGGGCUACAAGUGUAUCAACUGCAAACUGCUGGUCCAUAAGCGCUGUCACCAACUCAUUCCUCAGACCUGCCAAAGGCUUAUGGAUCCAGUUAUGCCUUCUCAAGAACCCACUUCAGAUACCAGGAGUGAAGAGGUGGACCUUCCACCAGAUGACACAGAGGACACAGACACAGAAAUAUCCUUUUUACCACACAGCUGCACAGUGGAUAAAACAGAAGAUGCAGAUGCAGAGGACAUGAAGACGGUCGUGGAUGGAAUUGACAGCAUUAAGCUGUCUCAGGGACUGGCACUGGGCCUUGUCGACUUUGAACUGAUCCGGGUCAUUGGCCGUGGCAGCUACGCCAAAGUGCUGCUGGUUCGGCUGAAGAAGAAUGAGCACGUUUAUGCCAUGAAAGUGGUGAAGAAGGAGCUAGUCCAUGAUGAUGAGGAUAUUGACUGGGUGCAGACAGAGAAGCAUGUGUUCGAGCAAGCAUCCACCAACCCCUUCUUAGUGGGCCUCCACUCCUGUUUCCAGACAGAAAGUCGGUUAUUUCUGGUCAUCGAAUAUGUCAAUGGUGGAGAUUUGAUGUUUCAUAUGCAACGCCAACGAAAGCUCCCUGAAGAACAUGCACGAUUUUAUGCUGCUGAAAUCUGUAUUGCUCUGAACUUUCUACAUGAAAAGGGCAUCAUCUACCGUGACUUGAAACUGGACAAUGUUCUCUUAGACCACGAUGGACACAUCAAGCUCACAGACUAUGGCAUGUGCAAGGAGGGGAUCAGGCCAGGUGACACCACCAGUACUUUCUGUGGAACACCCAACUACAUUGCACCCGAGAUCCUCAGAGGAGAGGAUUACGGCUUCAGUGUGGACUGGUGGGCCCUGGGUGUGCUGAUGUUUGAAAUGAUGGCUGGGAGGUCUCCGUUUGACAUUAUCACCGACAAUCCUGACAUGAACACUGAGGAGUACCUUUUUCAAGUUAUUCUUGAAAAACCAAUUCGCAUCCCGAGGUCUUUGUCGGUGAAGGCUGCCAGCGUGCUCAAGGGCUUUCUGAACAAGGAUCCUAAAGAGAGGCUGGGAUGCCAGGUCCAGACAGGCUUCACAGAUAUCAAGUCACAUACAUUUUUCCGCAGUAUAGACUGGGACCAGUUGGAAAAGAAAGAGGUGACACCACCCUUCAAGCCUCAAAUCUCAGAUGACUAUGGCCUCGAAAACUUUGACACCCAGUUUACUAAUGAACCAGUGCAGCUAACACCAGAUGAUGAGGACGUCAUCAAGAGAAUAGACCAGUCAGAGUUUGAGGGAUUUGAGUACAUCAACCCGCUGCUGUUAUCCACCGAAGAGUCUGUAUGAAGACCUAUUUCUUCCUUCACCCACCUGCUGUCUGUCCAAGGUGCCGUCUCAGCCAACACAACCUAGCCAAUGCCAAAAGGCAACAAGGAGGAGGAGUAAAGGACAAGGAGUAGGAUAGACUCGGCCCUCUGGACCUGGCAACAAGUCCAGGGCUCUCCUAGUGGACUCAGAUUUUUUUUUUUUUCCUGCUGGUACCAAACAUUUCUUUGUUGGUAUCUACAUGACAAAGACUCUGGACAACAACAUUCCCCACACUCUGUUGUUAGCCUGUCAAUCUUUCAUUUCUGUCCAAUCAGAAUGUGUGUCAUUGCGUCCCAGCAUCUUGGCUUCAUAAGCUGAAUGGAGCUGUUUCGUUCUGUGCCUGCCAUAAUGAAACGUCUGUCUCACGUCCCCAAACAGCAGUGAACGCUCUACUGACUUGAAAUUUUCUCUGCACUUAUUUUUUCUAUCCUGUAACCAGGCAAUGGCUCCAAAAACACGGCUGUUCGCCGGCGAGAGAAGCCUGGAGUUGUUGUGGUGUAUUCUGAUGUUGGCAG